AUGGCCGGCAAGAAGCAUGACACCGUAGUAGUAGUCGGCGCUGGUAUCAUCGGACUUGCAUCCGCUCUUCUCCUGGCCGAGGAAGGUCUGAAUGUUUCUAUCGUUGCCAGAGACAUCCCUGGAGAUGGCGGUCUGGGUUGGGCUAGUCCUUACGCCGGUGCGACUUUGAUCCCUCCUCCAGAACUGGGCAACAAGGAAAUGGCAAUGGAGUCUUUCAGGUGGUAUCAACGGCUGGCCAAAUCAGAUCCCAGCAGCAGCGUUCGGACUGUCAAAGCUACCGAGUACUUCACUGACAGAGAAAACGACGACACAAUAUGGUACAAGGAGUUUGUUCCUGAAUACAAGUUGCUUCCAAAGCAUUCUCUGCCACCCGGUUGCAAAGUCGGAUAUUCUUUCGAGACUUGCCUGGCUAACCCGGAGGUUUUCCUUCCCUGGCUCAAAAAGAAGCUCGAAGGGUUGGGUGUCAAAUUCAUACGCUCCGAGGUGAAAUCACUGCUCGAAGCCAAACAAAUGACCGGGGCGUCGGUCAUUGUCAAUGCCUCUGGGCUGGGAGCGAAAGAGCUUGCUGGAGACUCCGCUGUUGCUGGAUACCGGGGCCAGACGAUGUUUGUCAAGAGCGAUUACGACGAAGUCAGGUUGAUCAAUGGCGACGAGUAUACGUAUGUCAUUCCGCGCAAGUUCUCUGGAGGUGUGAUUCUCGGAGGCAUCAGUCAAGAGAACAACUUUGACGGCGCGGUUGACACCAAUCUACGCAAGGACAUAUUGCGGAGGGUCAACAGAAUGACUGGCGGCGCUUUCGAACAUGUCAACAUUGACACAGACGUCAAGGAUCUCGUCGGUGUCAGGCCUGGCCGAAAAGGUGGCCUAAGAGUUGAACUUGACGGUAGCAUCGUGCAUGCCUACGGCUUCAAAGGCGCAGGCUAUGUCUUCUCCUUCGGUGCAGCCGCCAAGGUCAAGCGGCUCGUCCUGCAGGCACUUGAGACAGCGCGCCCGAAGCUCUAG